AUGAGCGAAAAUGAUGCGAAUUUGGGAUUACUAUCCAAUAAAUCUAAUGCUAAAUAUAAAGAACCGAAGAAGAACAGCGAUGAUUUUGAAAUUUAGGAUUACGGAGAUGAUUAGGAAUACGUCUCUUUAGAUGAUGCUAGUAAACUUGAUUUUAUUACUUCUUAGAAGUACAACAUGCUGAAGUUAUUUAACCAAAAUAAAUCGAAUAACCGAUCACUCCUCCUUAAAAUAACAUAUAAAGUUAGCCAGAGCUUUAAAAAAAUUAGAAUUAAUAAUAGACUUAGCAACAGAACUAAUUUANAAAGAAAUCCAUCCCUAAAGUUGAUGUUUAAUUAUUGGGUACAGCCUCAAUGCUAAUUGCAUCCAAAAUGGAAGUAUAUUCAUAUGUUAUAUUCAAGGAAGUUGAGGCAAAACAUGCUAGUGAAUUUGAAAAAGCCGCCAAUCAUGGGUAUACAAUUGAUUAAAUUUAUCAAAUGGAGAUUGAUGUUUGUACUGUGCUAUAAUGGCAUUUGAAUCUUCCUACGAUUAAUCUUUGGAUUGAAUUCUACACUAAUUAAUGGGAUAAUUUUAUAACAGAUGUUCAAAGGAAAUUCAGAGCCAGCAACACAGCUUCCUAUAAAUGUAAUUCAUUCGAUUUUUAUCCUAAGUAAUUUUAAAAUUGCAGGCAUAUAUUGAUUGUUGCUAUUUGGAUAUUUAUACGUUAAAUUUUAAACCAAGAACCUUAGUAGCAUCCUUUAUGUACUUAAUCUUGGCCAUUGAAUACUAACAAUUCACUAAAGAAUAAAUAUAUUAUGAAAUUCCUAAGACCAGUAAAUUCAUACUUGUUGACUGUAAUCCUUUAUUUAAUUCAUAGCUUAGAAAUCAUUCAAUAAGCUAUUUACUGAAUUUGUAUAGUUUAGUUUUGGUUUCAAUCUAGUAGAUCUAAUAGAUGUUAUCAAAUAUGCAGCAAAAUUCAUAAUGCUUGAUUUUAAAUUUAGUGACACUGUCCAAGAUAAAAUCAUUUAAGUAGUUAUAUGAAUAACAUAAAUAGAGACACGAAGACUUACUUAUAUACUAAAAAUAUAAUUAAUCAGGACUUUUGUACAUCGAAAACAAACUUCAAAAGUGA